ACUAUCACUAGCUGCUAGAAGGACAGGGGAGAAAUGGCUGAUACCAUAGCUGACACAAGAAGGCUCUUCUCCAAGCCCCAGAACCUAAAUGACGCUUAUGGACCUCCAAGUAAUUUUCUAGAAAUUGAUGUGAGCAACCCUGAGACCAUCGGGGUUGGCAGGACCAGAUAUACCACGUAUGAAGUCAGACUGAAGACCAACCUACCCAUCUUCAAGCUGAAGGAGUCGAGCGUACGGAGGCGGUACAGCGACUUUGAGUGGCUCAGGGCGGAGCUGGAGAGGGAAAGCAAGGUGGUCGUCCCUCCUCUCCCAGGAAAAGCUCUAUUCCGGCAGCUUCCGUUUCGAGGGGAUGAUGGGAUAUUUGAUGACUCUUUUAUCGAGGAGCGGAGACAGUCUCUGGAGCAGUUUCUCAACAAAGUGGCGGGUCAUCCUCUAGCUCAGAACGAACGCUGCCUGCACAUGUUUCUACAGGACGAGUCUUUGGACAAGAGCUACACCCCAUCCAAAAUCAGACAAGCCUGAGAGAAAAGAUGGCUCUGCUCUGCUCAGCCCGACUGUCCAAAGCUCUCUUCACUGCUCCAGGUUUCUCUCAGACAAUAAACAUUUCAACUUUUCCUCCACACGCCCCCCCCCCAAAGUAAUAACGUUCACUGCCUCUUUUAGUUUAAUUAGUGACAAUGAUCUAUGUUUUUUCACUUUCUAAUUGGAGUCAAGAAUGUUCGACAUUUCUGUGGUUGAAGGUAAUUUAUAGUAAUUUCUCUUUAUGUCUGGAAAUGCCACUAACAUGGAUAUAUAAUGUAUUUAUCAUUUAGCUAUGUCUUGAAUAUAUUCAUUUAUAUAGUUACAUUGAAUGAGCAUUCUAUGUAUGCAAAGCUCUUGUAAAGACACACAGCGUUUCCCAUCAUAUAUAUAUAUCCAAUACUGGUAUGUUGCACACCAUAACUGGCAACUAAACACACACACGCAUAUAUAUAUAUAUAUAUAUAUAUAUAUUUGAUGGGCCUCGACUUUUAAAUCACACUCAGUUGAUCCUCUUCAAAAGGAAGCACCUGUGUGUAUCAACCAGCACCUGACCAGUUAUCACAAUGAUUUUCUAAUAAGAAAGAAGUAAUUUACACAGAGGGAACUGCAGUAUUUCUACUGGCUAUAUGCAUUUUGAGAUUUGUAUACUGCUGUGCCAUUUUUGUUUAUUUUGAAGAUUUUCCAAUAAAAUAGGUGAAAUGUC